AUGCGCACCAUGUCCAAGAUUUCGGUGCACGAUCGUUGGAAGUUUAAAAGCAAUCGUACGGUACGGUCGAACCAUCAGUUUGUUCAAACAGCAGCAGCGAGCAGCAGCAGCAGUGAGUGUCCGAGGACCACCACCAGCACCAGGAACGCAACAGCAAACAGCAGCAGCAGCAACAGCAACAGCAACAUGGCUUUGGAACGUCAAGUCCGCAUGAAGAUCGCUGGCAAGCGUGAUCUGGAGAAGGAUAAGGAAGCCCAGUACUGGAUCGAGGAGGUUCUCGGGGAGAAGUUCCCGGCCGGUGUGCUGUACGAGGAUGCGCUCCGCGAUGGGCUGAUCCUGUGCAAGCUGAUCAACAAGCUGGAACCGGGCGCGGUGGCCAAGAUCAACACCUCCGGGGGUCAGUUCAAGAUGAUGGAAAACAUCAACCUGUUCCAGCAGGCGAUCAAGAAGUACGGUGUGCCCGAUCUGGACGUCUUCCAGACGGUCGACCUGUACGAGAAGAAGGACAUAGCCCAGGUGACGAGCACCAUCUUUGCGCUCGGUCGUGCGUGCUACAAACACCCGGAGUUCCAGGGUCCAUUCCUGGGUCCCAAGCCGGCCGAUGAGUGCAAGCGUAACUUCACCGAGGAGCAGCUGAACGCUGGCCAGACCAUCAUUGGGCUGCAGGCCGGUCAGAACAAGGGAGCAACACAGGCUGGCCAGAACAUUGGUGCUGGGCGUAAGAUCAUUUUCGGAAAGUAAGGACUUGCGCGGACGUCGUCCCAAAAGCCCUGCCCUACAACUGUACGUGUACAAACAAACCAACAGUAGCAGUAGCAGCAACAGCAACAAACGCACACACACACAUAUGAAAAGCACACAUACGAAGCGCACACAUACAAACAUAUGCAUGCACACAUGAAAUGGUGAUCCUCAAGCAACUCGGAACUUGACCGUGAGACACGCAUACGCACGCACCCCAUGAGAUCUCCUUUAGUUAGAUCCCCUUGCACCCUUUUCCAUCUGUAUUCCCAUGUUUUCUGAUAUGCACACACACACACAAACGCAUGCAAUUAGAGUACUAGGAGCCUAGGAGGAGAUGGAGCGUCGAGCAGCGGUAGUAGUGUCUGUAAGAUAUUGUGAAAUGAGGAGUAUUGAGGAUGAUAAUCAUGAUAAUGAUGAAGAUGAUUGUCGUGCGGUAUCGACUUUACAUACCUUGAUGUUACGAUGUUUUUGUUACGUCCGGAUCCGGUGGAUCGACUGUGUAAGCGCGCCAAUUCGUUGAUAAUUUAUCUGUAAUAAAAUUAAUACUAUUUCUACAAAACAAC